ACUAACCGAUUGGAAGAAAUGGAUGCAAGAUCGUUUUAUGGAAAUUUAAGAUAUGUAAAUGUAGUCGAUAAUGGGCUUCAAAGCGACGAUGAUUAUAUAUCCGAAUCAGAUGAAGAAGUUGUUGGAGCACAAGUUUCUGGCCAGGAAGAUGUAUUUAUAUUGGAGACCGAUGAAAGCAGUUCCGAAGACGUAUAUGAUGAGCCUAGUAGCUCAAACGCAAAACGCGCUAAAAAAUCGAAACCACCAAACUGGAAAGAAAAUAACUUGCCCCCGUAUUUAAGUGAAAACUUUCCAUUUCAAGGAGACAUGGAGCUUCCAAGUUUUAUCGAUGAAUUAGAGACGCCAGCGGAGUUCUUUCAAUUUUUCUUUGACGAAGAUUUGAUAAACUUUAUAGUUGAACAAUCGAACAUACUUGCGCUGCAAAAAGACAUAAAUAAGCCGGCAAAUAUUACUAAGAGCGAAAUAGAGCAAUUUUAUAGGUGA